AUAAAAAAUACACCAGAGGAGAAGGCAAGCAAGAAAAUCACCCCAUCAGCCUCCCUCUUUUUCUGCACGGACCACCCUCCACCGUUCCCCACCAGAGGAGAGCGUCUGCUGGUGCCACAGCUGGAAGGAGCGGGCCUUCACUCUCUCAAUGAAAGCAGAGGAGGACUGAGCGUCAGGAGAAUGGAGGGCACAAGCCUGCGGUGGGAGCAAAACUGAGUUGCAGCGUGGAAAGCUGAACCCACUGACAAAGAUCUGCAGCUUGCUUGAUGGUAUUUUCUGGAGGCAUCAUGGGCUCCGACACGUGGACCUUUUGGAUUUUGUUUGGUCUGUCUCUCUGGAGUAGCAGUCAGGCUUUAACCAAGAACCCCAUCCUCUCCCGGAUACGAAGGGCUCCUGAGGCCAGCGAUGAAAACAAAAAGUGCUCCUACACUUUCCUGGUCCCCGAGCAAAAGAUCACAGGUCCCAUCUGUGCCGCCCGCGGCUACUCCACUGACAAGGACCGGGUGACACGCCUGGAUGUGGCAGCGGUGCGUGACCUUCUGUCAAAGCAACGCAGGGAGAUGGAGACUUUGAAGUUGGUGGUGGAUGUGGACGGCAACCUGGUGAACGAGAUGAAGCUGCUGAGGAAAGAAAGCAGGAACAUGAACUCCAGAGUGACCCAGCUGUACAUGCAGCUGCUGCAUGAGAUCAUUAGGAAGAGGGACAACUCACUGGAGUUGGCUCAGCUGGAGACGCGCAUCCUCAACGCCACCACUGAGUCGCUGCGCCUGGCCUCUCGCUACAGGGAGCUGGAAGCCAGAUACUCAGCCCUGUCUGCAGUCGUCAACAAUCAGUCCGUGCUGAUCGGAGCACUGGAGGAGCGCUGCAUGCAGCUGCACAGUCGCAGGCAUGAGCAAACACCACUGGGGCCUCCGCUGGUGCAGGUGGUGCCUGAGAACAUUCCAGUCAACGUGCCACGUUUCACCAAUGAAAUCACGAGGGUCAACACCCGCGGGGCGGCACGCGAAAGGGGCUCUCGCUCUGGACCCUCACCCACCAGCAGCAGCACCCUCGAAGUCUCAAAAUCUGAGAAGAAUUUCAGCUCGGAAGGUCCGUUCAGGGACUGUUUAGAAGCUCAGGAAGCCGGCCACACCAACAGCGGCAUGUACCUGAUCAAACCAGAUGAAACAGAGAGACCUGUGCAGGUCUGGUGUGAACAGAAUAUAGACAAUGGAGGUUGGACCAUCAUCCAGCGCAGAAAAGACGGCUCGGUUAACUUCUUCAGGAACUGGGAUAACUACAAGAGCGGCUUUGGCAACAUAGAUGGAGAAUAUUGGCUCGGCUUGGAAAGCAUCUACAAAUUAGGGAGGCAGGGAGACUACAAGCUGCUCGUGGAGAUGGAGGACUGGAUGGACAAGAAGGUCUACGCUCAGUACAGCAGCUUCCACUUGGAGCCGGAGAGCGAGGGAUACCGCCUGCGGCUGGGCACCUACCAGGGCAACGCUGGGGAUUCCCUCAGCAGCCACAAUGGCAAACAGUUUACCACUCUGGAUCGAGACAAAGAUGCCUUCUCAGGUAAUUGCGCCCAUUUCCACAAAGGAGGCUGGUGGUACAACGCUUGCGGCCAAGCCAAUCUGAACGGUGUCUGGUACACCGGGGGCGUGUACCGCAGCAAAUUCCAGGACGGGAUCUUCUGGGCCGACUAUGGCGGAGGGUUCUACUCCAUGAAAUCUGUGCGCAUCAUGAUCAGGCCCAUAGACUAAGACCAGGAAGGACGGCUACAGAAACCAAAACAAAUUUUGGACUUUUUCACCUCCCAGCUGUAGACGGUCGCUCUCUGCUGGAUGAAGCGCAUCGCCGGAGGUGACCGGGGAGCUGAAGGGCCACCAUAAACAAUCCCUUUCCAGCUAAAGCAUAUAAAAAAAGAUGUAGGACAGGCUUCUUAAACCACAGAAUAUGCUUAAUGGUUAAAGAAAUGUAAGAAUACCUGCCAACAUUUUGCAGUUUAUACAAGCUCUGCGCCUGAACGACUCUAUUCUCGCAUAAUUUCCUUUUUUUUUUUUUUUUAACCAAGAGAAGGUGCUGCUUCUUCUACCUCACCAAGUAAAAAAUCUGUUGCUGACACUUAAUAUUUCAUCCUCUAAAGGUACUUGAACCUGGAAAAUGCAUUAUCUUAAACCCUAUGUAGACGUAUGUAUCCACUUCCUCAUCAGAUUCACUUGAUUGCACAAAAACAGGGCUGUUUUUGUUAGAAGCCAAGACACUCCAAAUGGCCCUUUUUUAUUGCAUGUUUUGAUUCUUUGUCUAUGUGCAGAUGACCAGAACGUAUAAUUUAUGAGUAUAAUUAAGUUAUCACAACAGGGAAAAGGGCCAGGUGUCCUAUGGGAGCUCUAAAUGAUCCUACAGAAAACAAAACCCGUUUCCCCGACUGAAAGCAGGACAAUCAUUCUUUAAGUGUGCGUCCAUGUAAAUUGCAGUUUCAUGUUUUUCUCAUUUGGAGUUUGAUUAAAGUUCAGCUUCACUCUGAGUAAAAAAAAAAGAAAAAAUAACCUCAUUGAGUGGGAAAAAAAUUACGGUUUCUUUUUUUUUUUUGAGCACGAAAAAAUGUGCCGACAGGGCGCGUUAGGAGUUUUAAGCGCCGGGACAGACAACCAGAAACACAUUUCUGAAAACCAGACAGGAUAGAGCAAGAAAGAGGAGAGGAGGAAGGGGUUGGAGGGGAGGGGAUGGACUGGGAUGGAACCGGUCCAAAUUUCCAAGUCAUUUGCCACGUUCACCCGCACCCCAAAGUCCUGCUUUAACAUGCAGAAAAACCUACAUUCUUUCCACUGUAGAAGUACGUGUAUGUUUUUGUAAAAAAAAAAAAAAAGUCACGGGUCCUUGAUCACCUCCAAAGAUGGAAAUCCUCUGAGGGCUUUGCUUUAAACAACACACAUGUAAGGUGUCUGAUCUGAAAAUAGACUUAUAUUUUACUAUUUUUUCUUUUUUAUUUAACCACAGUCUCCCACCCAUCUCCUUUAAAAAAAUUUAUAAAGCAACAAAACUGUAUAUGAGGAGAUUUGACACAAAACAGAGGAACUCUAUGUGUGUUUAUGCACUUUGUAAAAAAAAUAUAUGUCAAAAGGCAGCAAUAAAAGUUGAAACCAAUUAAUCCAGCGUCUGGAAGUCCCUUUACGCUCUAAGGAGCUGAAGCAAAACUUUGAAGUUUCUUUGGAAACUUUGAAAAACAGUUGCAGAAAACUCACGAUUAGACAAAAAAAGUCUGGUUCCUUAGAAAUGUAAAUAAACCAAAGCUCCCUGAAGACUUUGGCACAGUUUUGCAUAAACUAAAGCAUUCUUUUGUUGUGUGUUUUUGUGAAAGUGUUUCACAUCACCAGCUAGUCUGUACUAUUUUUUUUCUUUUUGUUUAUAGCUUGUGCAGAUUUUUUUUCUCUUGUUCAAACACAAAGAAGGAAAUGAUCUCAUCCAAAUGUGUGUUAGUGUGUGAACUGGAGGAUCCGAUCUUCUAACUGGAAGAUAACCCUAACACAUCGACAGGAACUAGAAUAAAGAAAAAAAAACGAAAUAAAAGCUUUUGUUUUUAUUGAAAAUAAUGUUAUUCAUUGAUUAAAGUUUUUUUUAUGUU